CGCUCUCCGGCGCUGACCCGGGGCGGCACCGCACCGGCAGCAGCAGCAGCUCCACCGCCGCGCUCCCCGGGAGUUCAUCUCACACCCACAGGCGCCAUUGUUGCAAACGGCCUCCGGUCCAAUCACAGGGGAGCUCACUAAUAUGCAAAUGCGCUGUUAUCGCGGUCACGUCAGCAGCAGCCGCUGCGCAGCGGUCACCAGCGGGAGAACAAGUCACAACACACGCACAACUUCACCGGUAACACCGCGUCUGCGCCCGGAGCUUCGCUUUCUGCUUCGAUUCAGGGACACAAUAUAAUGAACAUGCUGUAGAAAGUGAGGCUCAUUGGGACCAGCUUGGAUCCAGUGGAGUUCCAAAGGUUCCAGUCACCCUAUCAUGGAAUUCUUUGACGAUCCCGGCCUCUUUGUUGGAGGUUUGGAAGGGCUGGACGAGGAUGAGUUUCCCUCAGCACCCUCACUUGUGGAUGAGCUGAACCUCAGUGCUGAUUUUGAGCCCCUCCACCAAGUAGAGCCUCUGGGCCCAGGAAAGCCGCCAGACAUAAUGCCCCCAAUUUCUACCCAAGUGAUGCCCGCUUAUGUUCAACCGAUGGAUCCCUAUAUUGGCAUUAAGGGACAGAAUAUUACAGGGCAAACAUUUUCUGGUCAUAGAGGCACAGGUGCUGGAGGUGGCAGCAUAAUGCCAGCGCAACAUGGCCAGUACCACAAUGCCGCCAUGAGCCAAGUGCCUCAGUCCAAUGGGCUCUUUUGUAACAGUAGCAGUCCAAUGUGGGGCAACCAAGACCAGAAUGGGAAUAUGUUCCACCCUGUAUCUCAACAACAGCAACAUCCGCAACAACAGCGUUGUCAUCAGCAGCAGCAACUGCACAACCAGCAACUUAAUGUCAGACAACAUAUACGAGAGCAACAACACCAACCCUGCCAUGAUCCACAACAGGAGCAGCAGCACAGAAUGAGGCAGCAGCUGCAACAACAGCAAAGUCAUCAGCAACAGCUGUUAAACCAGUGCCAGUCCCAACAAAUUAACACACAGACUAUGUCCCUGCAGCAACAGCAGCAUCACAAUUUCUCAUUUCACCAGGGAAGUGAGCAAGUUCACCAUAGUCAGCAGCGGGCUCAGCACCAACUAUCUGUAGGAGGACAGAGAUUCCAAUCAAGGGCUCUGCCAAACAAGUCUUAUUUGGAUAGUCAGAAUGCUUCUCUGAGUGGGACUUGCUUACAGCAACAUCAGCAGCAACAUGGUUCCUACCGUUUGACCUCAGGAGGCCGAGCCUUCUCUGGAUCAGGACUGGAAGACCCAAACCGGCCCUUCCCCAUGCAUUCAUCAUCUAUGGUUCUCUCCCUGCCCACAUGCUCAGUCAGUUCUGCCCCUGCUUACCAACUGGCUCAGUACCCUGCUUACCCUGGAGAGCCUGAAGUACCCAGUCUCAAUCAGCAGUCUUUGUCCACAGCCUCAGUGUCAGGUCCCACACUCACCACCAAUGUAUCUCUCACUUCCACAGUGUCUGAGCUCUCAGGGACAGUAUGUCAGUUUCCAUCCACAGGAGUUUUGAAUCAGCAGCACACUAAGACCCCAGGUAGCCAAGAAGAUGAAUGUCCUUUCCGGGCCCUACAUUGUUCUGGCGAAACCCAAGGAAGCAGUGGGUCAUCUGAGAUGUUUGGUGAAUCCAUGAGUUGCUACCCAACCAUGGCCAUCCAGCUGCCCUCUGAACAGCCUCAGAGCUGCGGGGCCAUCAACACUAAUGGAUACCAGGCUUUGGGAGAUGGUCUCCUCACAUCAGAGGCUCAGGAUGGAGACUUGGAGGGACUGGAGCCUCCUGACCUCUUGCCUGACCUACUGCCCCAGCUGGAGGUUGCUCUCAGCCAGCAGGAUGAAUCCAACUGUUCCUGGGCCAGUUCCAGUUUCAGUUCCAGUUUGGAGAGGGGACAUGAGCACAGGAAACCACCACCUGUUGAGUACAAGGAAGAGAAGCCACGAAAGAAUGCUAAUGGUCCUGGCAGCCAGGUACGGGUCCUCAGCCCCCCAGUGAAGAGCAGCUCGUCGUCUUCCUCGUCGUCCUCCUCGUCUUCAUCCUCAUCAAGCUCCUCGUCAGAGAAAAGGACAUCGCGGAUGACGCAUCAGCAGAUGGAGACAUCUCCACUGGACAAGCAGGAGAAGGCCAAUAGGAUAAUAUCAGAGGCUAUCGCAAAGGCCCGGCAGCGCGGGGAGAAGAACAUCCCCCGGGUCAUGAGCCCCGAGAGCUUCCCCAGCUCUUCCUCACAGUACAAGUCCCACCGUGACCGCAAGCACAAAGGAAACGGCAAGGCACGGCAGAAAGUGAAGGCAUGUAGGAAGGCCUGCAUUGUCCCCUCCUCCAAGCCCAAGCAGAAGGCCAAGAUUGGGAAAAUUGUCAUCAAGAUUGGAAAGAAGAAAAAGCGAAAACCAGAGUCUUCAGAGGGGGAGUCUGACGAUGACCCUCCAACUCGACACACCUCUAAAGAUGAUUCUAAGAGGAGAUCUAAUCGCCAGGUGAAGAGGAAGAAGUACGCUGAGGAGCUGGAGGCCAGGUUGUCCGAUGAGGAAGUCAAGGUUAUAGUCAAGGCCAAGAAAAGCAACAAGGAGCCUGCUCUUCAACUCUUUGUCGAGAAUCCCAGUGAAGAAGAUGCUGCUGUUGUCGACAAAAUAAUGUCUUCUCGUGUCCUUAAGAAGGAGGUCUCUCCAGGAGUUGUCGUCGAAGUGGAGGAGUUUUUUGUAAAAUAUAAAAACUACUCCUACCUACACUGUGAGUGGGCCACAGAGCAGCAGCUGGUGAAGGACAAGAGGAUUCAGCAGAAGAUCAAACGCUUCAAGAUGAAACAAGCACAGAGGGCACUCUUCUUCGCAAAUAUGGAGGAGGAGCCCUAUAACCCCGACUAUGUAGAGGUAGACAGAGUGCUGGAGGUGUCGUAUUGUGAGGACAAAGACACAGGAGAGGAGGUGGUGUACUACCUGGUGAAGUGGUGCUCUCUGCCUUAUGAGGACAGCACCUGGGAGCUAAAGGACGACGUGGAUCAGAGCAAGAUUGAAGAGUUUGAGCAGCUGCAGGCAGCCAAGCCAGACUCACGCAGGAUGGAGCGGCCCCCGGCCAAUCUGUGGAAGAAGAGGGAGCACUCGAGGGCAUACAAGAACGGCAACAGCCUCAGGGACUACCAGCUCGAGGGAGUCAACUGGCUCCUCUUCAAUUGGUACAACAGACGGAACUGCAUCCUGGCAGAUGAGAUGGGCCUGGGAAAGACUAUCCAGUCCAUCACGUUCCUAGAGGAGAUCUAUCGUGUGGGCAUCAAGACGCCUUUCCUCAUUAUUGCCCCGCUCUCCACCAUCGCCAACUGGGAGCGUGAAUUCCGCACUUGGACCAACCUCAAUGUGAUCGUCUACCAUGGAAGCAUGGUCAGCAGACAGAUGCUGCAGCAGUACGAGAUGUAUUUCAGGGACACACAGGGUCGUGUUAUAAGGGGCGCCUACAAGUUCCAGGCUCUGAUCACCACAUUUGAGAUGAUCCUGGGAGGCUGUCCCGAGCUCAACGCCAUAGAGUGGCGCUGUGUUAUCAUCGACGAGGCCCACCGCCUCAAGAACAAGAACUGCAAGCUGCUGGAGGGCUUCAAGCUCAUGAAUCUGGAGCACAAGGCCCUGCUGACAGGGACUCCUCUCCAGAACACGGUGGAGGAACUCUUCAGUCUGCUCCACUUCCUGGAACCUUCACGUUUCCCCUCUGAGACCACCUUCAUGCAAGAGUUUGGAGACCUCAAAACGGAAUCGCAGGUGCAGAAGCUUCAGGGAAUCCUGAAGCCCAUGAUGCUGCGGCGGUUGAAGGAGGAUGUGGAGAAGAAGUUGGCUCCGAAAGAGGAAACCAUCAUCGAGGUUGAGCUCACCAAUAUUCAGAAGAAAUACUACCGCGCCAUCCUGGAGAAAAACUUCUCUUUCCUGGCUAAAGGUGCUGGCCAGUCAAACGUGCCCAAUCUGGUCAACACUAUGAUGGAGCUGAGAAAGUGCUGCAACCACCCCUACCUCAUCAAAGGGGCAGAAGAGAAGAUCAUGGAGGAUUUCAGGGAAGUUUACAGCCCCACUGCCAUCGACUUUCACCUGCAGGCCAUGGUGCAGUCUGCCGGGAAGCUGGUCCUCAUUGACAAACUGCUGCCAAAGAUGAAGGCAGGAGGGCACAAGGUGCUCAUUUUCUCCCAGAUGGUGCGCUGCCUGGACAUCUUGGAAGACUACCUCAUUCAGAGAAGGUACCUAUAUGAGCGGAUAGAUGGACGUGUGCGUGGGAAUCUGCGGCAGGCUGCCAUCGACCGCUUCAGUAAGCCCGAAUCGGACCGCUUCGUUUUCUUACUGUGUACACGGGCUGGUGGCCUGGGAAUCAACCUCACAGCAGCAGACACCUGUAUCAUUUUUGACUCUGACUGGAACCCACAGAACGACCUGCAGGCCCAGGCUCGCUGCCACCGGAUUGGUCAGAACAAGGCGGUGAAGGUGUAUCGCCUGAUCACCAGGAACUCGUACGAGCGGGAAAUGUUCGAUCGUGCCAGUCUCAAACUUGGCCUGGACAAAGCAGUGCUGCAGAGCAUGAGUGGUCGAGAUAACAGCCUGGGAGGAGGAGCUGCUGGGGGAGGGGCGGUGCAGCAGCAGCUGUCUAAGAAGGAGAUCGAGGAUCUCUUGCGACGUGGUGCUUACGGGGCCAUCAUGGAUGACGAGGAUGAAGGGGCCAAAUUCUGUGAGGAGGACAUCGACCAGAUCCUCCAACGCAGGACAAAGACCAUCACCAUAGAGUCUGAAGGACGAGGCUCCACCUUUGCUAAGGCCAGUUUUGUGGCAUCUGGAAACCGUACAGACAUUUCUCUGGAUGACCCCAACUUCUGGGACAAGUGGGCCAAAAAGGCCGACAUCGAUAUGGAUAUGGUCAAUGGCAGAAAUAGUUUGGUGAUCGAUACUCCUCGGGUCAGAAAACAGACGAGGCCAUUCAGUGCCACCAAGGAUGAGCUGGCGGAGCUUUCAGAGGGCGACAGCGACAGUGACGAAACCAAACCGAAGCUCCGGCGAAACCAUGACCGACUCAACAGCUACGGGCGCACAGAGUGUUUCAGAGUAGAGAAGAACCUGCUUGUAUACGGAUGGGGUCGAUGGAAGGACAUUCUCAACCAUGGGCGUUUUAAGAAGCAGUUAACAGACCGGGAUGUAGAGUCGAUCUGCAGGGCUCUACUGGCAUACUGCCUGGUCCAUUACCGUGGAGAUGACAAAAUCAAAAGCUUCAUGUGGGACCUGAUUGCUCCGACUGAGGAUGGACACACCAAGGAGCUGCAGAAUCACCUCGGUUUAUCUGCCCCAGUCCCCCGGGGCAGAAAGGGUAAGAAGAUGAAGACACAGUCGAGCGCUUUUGACAUCCACAAAGCGGAGUGGCUCAGGAAACACAACCCGGAGCACAUGCUGCAGGACGAUGGCUACAAGAAACACCUCAAACACCACUGCAACAAGGUGCUGCUCAGGGUCAGAAUGCUCUACUACCUGAAACAAGAGGUGAUAGGAAGCCAGGCCCAGAAUGUGCUGGACGGCGUGGACUCCAGUGAGAUAAAGAUUUGGGUGCCAGAGCCCGACCAUUCAGAGCUGCCAGCCCUGUGGUGGGAUGCCAUCUCCGACAAGUGUCUACUCCUGGGUAUAUAUAAGCAUGGUUAUGAGAAGUACAACACUAUUCGUGCAGACCCUACACUGUGCUUCCUAGACCGUGUGGGGCGACCAGAUGAGAAGGCCAUCGCUGCCGAACAGAGAGGCAAUGAUUUCAUGGAUGGGGAUGUGGAUGAUCCAGAAUACAAGCCUGCUCCUGCUCUACUGAAGGACGAUAUGGAGGAUGACGCCUCUUCUCCUGGAGACUUGGUUGUCACUGACAAUCCUGGAGAUCCAGAUCCAGUUCCAGUGAGAGAAGGUGAAACCGCCUACUGGCCCUCGUCCUCGGUGUUGACAGCCAGGCUGAGGCGUCUGAUCACAGCCUCCCAGCGAUACACCAAAAGUCGGCAGAUCCUCCACAUCCACCAGUCUCAGUCUCAAUCCCAGCCGUCCAUGAUACUGUCUGCUCCGCUCUGCCCGCUGCCCCCCACACUCAACGACACCCUCAACCCCAAGAUGGCUGCUAAGAUUGAACGCCAACAAAGGUGGACCAGGCGAGAAGAAGCUGACUUCUACCGGGUGGUCUCCACUUUCGGUGUUGUUUUCGAUCCAACCCUCGGCUGCUUCGACUGGACCAAGUUCAGGGCCAUGGCUCGGCUGCACAAGAAGACUGACGAGAGCCUGCAGAAAUACCUGUGUGCUUUCACCGCCAUGUGCCGACGGGUGUGCCGCCUGCCACCCAAGGAGGGAGACUCUGCGGUUGACCCAUCUCUCACCAUCCAGCCCAUCACAGAGGAGCGAGCGUCUCGCACCCUGUACAGAGUAGAGCUGCUUCGCCAGGUGAGGGAACAAGUCCUUCGACAUACAUUACUCUUUGAGCGCCUCUCGCUGUGCCAGAUGAGCUCUGACUUACCCGUCUGGUGGGAAGCUGGUACCCAUGACCGUGAUCUGCUAAUUGGUGCGGCCAAGCACGGCGUGAGUCGCACAGACUACCACAUUCUGAGAGACCCUGAGCUCAGCUUCAUGGCUGCCCAACGCAACUACAGCCAAACUAAAACUGCACAGCAGCAAUCACACACAUCCACACCACUCCUCCACACUCAGCACCAGGCCCCCAGCUCGGUGUUGACAGGUUCUCCGCUGCCUCUGGUGGCCCAGAGAGACACAGAGUCCUGUGGGCUUGUGCCCAAAUUGGAACCCACCUCAGAGGGGGAGGAGAGCAGGGAGAAACCGGCCGAGAGCUGGAGCCCUCGUCAAGCACCAGCUACUCCCACAGGUCUCGAAGAGAAGCCUGUUCUAGAGACGAGGGACAAUGAGACGCAGAUGGUGGCAGCACGAACCAAACCUCUCACACCCAACUCCUCAGAGAGGAAACCCAAGAAGGCUAGCAAGAGAGGCCGUCGGGAGACCAGGCGUGGCUCAGAGUCUAACUCAGAUGGCUCCUCUUCAAGCUCUUCAUCCCGCUCCUCCUCUUCAUCAUCUUCCUCUUCUUCCUCGUCACAUUCCGGGUCCAGCUCCUCCUCUUCUUCAUCUUGCUCCUCUGGCUCUUCAUCGUCGUCCUCCUCCUCCUCCUCAUCUUCUGAUGACAGCGAAAGUGAAGGAGAGGAAGGAAAGAAGAAAGUGCCUGUCGCAACAAGUGUAAAGGGCUUCGAUGAGGACAGCGUGGCAUCACUGAGCACAACACAGGAUGAAACACAAGACAUUCAUGUGGCUGAGAAUGGAAUCAACCACAACGCCUCGCAUCCUUUCCAGGGAGGAGGAUACAUGCUCGCUGCAUCCUACUGGCCAAAGGAUCGUGUGAUUAUCAACCGCCUAGACAGCAUCUGCCAGGCAGUGCUGAAGGGCAAGUGGCCGGGAACACGCCGGGUAUAUGAGCCUGGAGGUGCUGUGGCCUCCUUCUACACCACCAAGCUGCUGGACAAUGCCAACAGCCUGUGCGAGGACCCCUCUGCCUCGCCACAGGGGUCAAAGGUGACCAAGCAUGUUGCAGAAAACAAGGAGUUCUCAGUAAAACUCAACGAUCAGGAGGGAGGUCUGAAGUUGACCUUCCAGAAACAGGGUGUACCUCUGAAGAGGCCCCUGGAGUCCGAGGAUGGCCCCCAGGCCCAGCAGCAGUACCUGGCCCGCCUUCAUGAGCUGCAGAGCGCCUCGGACACAGGGCUGGCUGAUAUCACCAAGCCUCAGUGCAGCUUCCAGACUGUACCUCCAGCUCUUACUGGUCAGAUGAGGCUGAACGGAGUACUGGACGGCCAACCCGUGGUCAAGAAGCGAAGGGGAAGGAGGAAGAACGUAGAGGGAAUGGACCUGCUCUUCAUGAACAGGAGCAAAGUCCCUUCUGUUCCUGAUCAGGUACCUCCAGGUUGGGGUGGUAUCGGCCAGGUGGGCACGGGGACGACUAGUGCACCAAGCUCCAGUCAGGUCCCUGCAGACACAGAGAGCAGGGUCCCAGUCAUCAACCUCAAAGACGGCACCCGCCUUGCUGGGGACGACGCCCCCAGGAGGAAAGAUCUUGAACAGUGGAUGAAAGAGCACCCAGGCUUUGUAGCAGAUACAGGAGCUUUUAUUCCUGGGGUAAAUAAGAUGCAAAUGCAGUUCCACUUCCAGGACGGCCGGCCCAAGCAGAAGAGGCACCGCUGUAGGAAUCCAAACAAGAUCGACGUCAACAGCCUAACAGGAGAGGAACGAGUCCAAAUCAUCAACAGGAGAAACGCACGCAAGGUUGGUGGAGCCUUUGCUCCUCCUCUGAAGGAUCUGUGCAGGUUCCUUCAGGAGAACCCGGAGUACGGAGUUCCACCUGAAUGGGCAGAUGUGGUCAAACAGUCGGGUUACCUCCCAGAGAGUAUGUAUGACAGGAUUCUGACAGGACCCAUUGUUCCUGAGGAGGUGAGUCGACGUGGACGUCGACCCAAGAAUCCUCUUGCGAAGGCAGCGGCGGCGGCAGGAGGACCCAGCACAGCAGCCUCCACCCUCGGCCUGAAUCCCCUGCUGGCCAACGGCCUCCUCUCCGGAAUGGACCUCACCAGCCUGCAGGCCUUCCAGCAAAACCUCCAGAGUUUACAAUCCCUGCAGCUGACCGCAGGCCUGAUGGGGCUGCCAUCCGACGCAAGCAACCUGGCCGCGAGCAACCUAGCCGCCAUGUUUCCAAUGAUGCUAUCUGGUAUGGCCGGACUGCCAAACCUGCUUGGCAUGAGCGGCAUGCUUGGGAAACCUGCUCAUGAGGGCGCAGGAGGCUCAGAGGAAAAGACAAAGGGAACCACCAGUGGUGCAGCAGGACAGCCGUCUGCCUCUAAAGCCCCUUCUCAAACCUCAGACACCAAAGGAGAAAGGACAGAGAGUUUGAGCACGACUCCUUGCUCAGCGUCCAACUCCUCUUCCUCGGCCACUGCCCCACAAAGUGCUUCAGCUGCCUCCGCAGCCUCCAGUCACCCACUGUCUCUUAACCCCUUGUUACUCUCCAGUAUGCUUUACCCAGGGAUGCUUCUCACUCCAGGCCUUAACCUUCCUGUGUCUGCCACACAGUCGCAGAGCUCUAACACUGACCCCACCCUUCCUCCUGCUCCUUUUCCUCCUCCGCCAAAACCCUCCAAGUCAUCGACGCGGGAGACAGUACGGCCAGCAGGAGCAGAAAAGGACGGUCACGAGGACGAGGAGUUGGAUGACGACGACGAAGAGGAGGAGGAGGAGGAGGCAGAACAGAAAGAAAACAGUGGUCCUGAAGGUUCGGGUAAAGGCGAGACGUCUUCAUCAGAGUCUGGGAGCUCCUCCUCAUCCUCGGAUGAUUCAGACUCCAGUGAUGAGGACUGAAUCUAUGAGUAUAUAAUUAUAAAUUUAUUUAUGUAUCGCCUAGAAAUGUAUACAUACAGUAUAUUCACAUAUAUAUGGAUUUUCCAGCACUUGUUGUGAUUUCUUUACGUGUAAAUACAAGAACUAACUAAAAAUGUUGUGUAAUAAAGACAAAAACCUAAAAAAAUGGAGAAAAAAAACUGACUUAAAAGGAACUGAAAUUAAAUUUCAGUGUUUGUUAACAAGGUACAGUUCUUGUUUUGAGACAUUUUGCAUGUCAGGACUUUAGCAGAUUUCUGAACUCUGUGAACUUGUACCACACGAUUAUUAUGUACAAUUGCAACAAAAAAGGCAUUAUUGUAAUUAUGUCAGGAUUUAAUUUUAUUAAAAAAGUGAAACUACA